GGGCGGGCUGUUAACAUGGGUGGAGCUCCAGCCUGUCAGGAAAUGUAGAGAAGAGGAGGCUGAGGGAACUAACCCCGAAAUGUUCGCGUGGAGGUUGCUGCUUUUACCACGUGAACUUUUCAGCCCGGUCUUCUACCUAAAGAACACUCAGGAUGUGAUCUACAGCUGGCUUGACGUCUGCUUGGUGCCUGAGCGUGCAUAUUAAAUCAUUCGUUCAAGAUGCAGGGGGGCGUUGCACGUGUUUGCAUGGUGAUGGCUGCUGCCAUACUCAACCAUCCCUUUUUCUUUUCAAAUGAAAACGCCACCCUGCCAGAGCAAGAUGAGGAUCUUUUGACUCGGAUGCGGGAACACGAGGAGAGGCUGCAGAUUGAGCGGGCCAGACUGGAAAAAGAGCUCAAGCAGCUGGACUCCAAGCUGGAAGAAACUUCCUUGAAUGAUGGUUUCUCUUGGUACUUUUGGAGCACUGUUUCUUUUGUUAUUUUCAUUGCCAUCGAGUUGUGCAGAGUAGAUCUAGUUGAUGAUGAGAAUGAUCCAGUUGAGGACGAAGAUUUCUUAUCUGAGAAUGGAUUCGCCCCACCUAGGACAAUGGAUAAGAAAGCCUUGAGGAAUUUCUGCGACAAAUGCACCUAUACCUCAGCCCACGAAAACUGGAGGGUGAGGGAAUUUGUGGAGGGUUUUGCUGACGACCUGCUUGAGUCACUCCGGAGCAUGUGUGACAGAGAGGUGGACAUGGAAGUGGGUGAUUUCAUUGGUAUAGGAAGCAUGUUUGAGUCUUGGAAGGUGUGCAAACCUCUGAUGUGUGACCUUUUAGUGCCUUUCUCACCACCGGAUCCCCACUCUUUCCAAAUCCACCUAUGGUGCAGCGCCUCCACCGAUAUCCCGCCAGACAUGCCAGGUUGUGGCACUGUGAAGGUGACUAUGCUUGGGGAGGAUGCAGAGGGUUGCCUUUGUGGUUCUGCCGACAUGGGAGAGGACAUGCUUUGUCUGCUACAUAAUAGAAAUAAGGGGGUCAAAGUGAACCGCAGCCCAGAUGACCUGCUGUGCUCCAAGGGUACACAUUUCCUAGCCAAAGACCGGGUCAUGAGGUGGUUUCAGAUGUCCGUCACCAAAGCUUGGGGGCGCAUCUCCCACAAAUAUGAUUUUGAAGUCACUUUUCGUAACCUGGAUGCUGCUGGGGCUCUGAAGAUCCGAUUCCGCUCCGGAAAAGUUGUUGUACUGAACCUCAUCCCAGUAGUUCAGCUGGAGGACACUGAUGCUUAUUUUGUCUCGCAUUUUCCAUCUCUUCGUGAGGAUUUCCCAGACCCAUACUGGUCUGUCUCUUUAGCUGUCUACGAGAGAAAUCUGCUAAAAUAUUUUGCUAAGAGACUUCCACAAAAUUCUUGCCACCUUCACUGCCUUCAGAUUGCUACUUUCCUACACAGAAAACAGACAAGUCUCACAGGCGUUUCUGCUCUCACUAGCUACCACCUAAAGACUGCUUUGCUGCACAUGCUGCUGAGCACCAAGAGCACAGCAUGGGGCGCAUGCAGUUUGGAGCAGAGGCUUCAGGAUGUGUAUGGCUUCUUGCAGCGGAGCUUGCAGGAAAAGAGACUCUACCACGCUCUGAUUGGGAACAGCAAGGUACCCAAAGACAUCCAGGUUCCUGAGAGAUUCCGUAAAACAGAGCCCGUCAAUCUGUUCAGGUCUCUGGUGCUGCACAGGGAGCUUUACUCAACGACUGUUAGACACUUUCAGGAAAUGCUGAGGAACGCACCUGUUCUCAUAGAAGAGUACACACCUCACGUAUCAAAUGGAAGUUUACACCACAGCCUGGAUUGAUGCGACUCGGAGCAUCUGUUGCUCUCUGAAUGACUGGUGUACACGGUCUAAGAACCAUGAGGAAACACCCUUAAAAAUUCCUGGUGUUUGAAUCUCUGCUUUUUACUUGCAGUCCAGCCAAAUAUUCUUUAUAACUCUGGCAGAUUAAGACAGAACCUGUGCAGGGAGGCCUCUAAACCUCAAAGACCUGAGGUCAUCCCUUAAAGGUGUAGUUGAGGUUUUUUGCAAUUUUUUUAAAGAGACUAGCCCUCUCAACUUGA